UGAGGCGACUGCGCACUGCGCUGUUAGUUUUUGUUUCAUAAACGGUUCUUGCUGUUGACGGCUGCUCCGUGCGCGUGGUGCCGGCUGUCACUCGCGGCAAAUUUCGCUCAAAGUUCUGUCGUGCACCUCGUCCUUUAAUAUACUGCGACGCCGCCGAUUUCGCAGCAGUGAAAGUUAUGGCGGGCAACUUUUGGCAGAGCUCGCAGUAUCAGCAGUGGUUGCUCGACCGGCAGGACCUGCUGCGCGAGCGACACGGCGACCUGCAGGUCCUCAGCGAGGAAGAAUACCACAAGCUCAUGAUCUUCUUCGCCAACUUCAUCCAGGCACUGGGCGAGCAGCUCAAGGUGAAGCAACAGGUGAUCGCCACGGCAACCGUUUACUUCAAGCGCUUUUAUGUGCGCAACUCCCUGCGUUGCGUCGACCCGCUGCUAAUGGCGCCCACCUGCAUCUUCCUCGCCUCCAAAGUGGAAGAGUUCGGCGUCAUCUCCAACAGCCGCCUGGUGACCACCUGCCAGACGGUGGUGAAGAACAAGUUCUCGCACGUGUUCCCGCAGGACUUUCCGUACCGCAUCAACCACGUGCUCGAGUGCGAGUUCUACCUGCUCGAGAUGAUGGACUGCUGCCUGGUGCUGUACCACCCGUACCGGCCGCUGGUGCAGUACGUCCACGACAUCGGCCCCGAGGACAGCCUGCUGUCGAUGGCCUGGAAAGUGGUCAACGACUCGUUGCGCACCGACGUCUGUCUGUUGCACCCUCCGCACCAGAUCGCGCUCGCGUGCCUUCACGUGGCCUGCGUCAUCCUGCAGCGCGACUGCAAGCACUGGUUCGCCGACCUGAACGUUGACAUGGAGAAGAUCCUCGAGAUCACGCGACAGGUGCUGGGCCUCUACGACACCUGGAGGAAUAUGGACGAGAAGAAGGAGCUGCCGCCCAUCCUGGCCAAGGUGCCCAAGCCCAAGACGCAACCUUCGAGACCUCCGUCCCAGGGACCCAACGACCAGUCCGCGGCGCCGCAACCCAGCUAGCCCCUCUCGCCCGCGGCGCCGGACUGCUAUCAGCGCGAUGCUGCCGCUAAACAGUGACGUGCGGCCUGGGGUGUGCCGUAGGCUGCAGCUGUGGCUCCAUUCUGGUCGCGUAGUCUGCGAAUAUAGUUCCUGCACGCAGACUUGCCCGUCUGCGACAUUACAUCCGCGAGGCUCUAUGUGUAAAGCCUGCAUUCACAUCACCAAUGCGACGUGACUUUAUGUGGCAGCAAGCCGAGUCAGUGUUUAAUUCAUUGUCCACAACCUUGAUACAUCGUCAUGAAAUGAUGCAAUGCGUAAUUCCACUUAGACGUACCUGUUCUCCAUCUCGCCUGUUCGGUAGAACGCAUUGAAAGCAAAAAAUGUGUACGGGUGCUCAUGCUUCUGCUUGCAAAACCAUAGUCAUUCACUUUGCGGGCACGCAACACGCAUGUAUUUCUCGUCAUGCAAGAUGCAUAUCCUUGCAGAUGAGCGGUGGAGGUUUUCUCCUGCUUAGCGCAAGGAUGGCACAUUGAAUGACAGCGAAUGCAUAAAACCACAUGUGUGCUGAGAUUGUACGAAAUGAUCGUACGAUUGUACGAAAUUGAAGUACCACAGGUGUUCCAAGUUAUUCCGGAGCCUCCCAGCAUGCCAUUCCAUAUAACCUGUGGGCAGUGCCUUCCAGACUCUGCUACCCCAGUGACUUACAUCAUGAAAAUGGUAUAAAACACCUUGCGGCCCCCCUCUCCAUCAUUUUCACUAUUUUUUAAAUUUUUUUUGUGAUGCCAGUGUGCGAAAGUUCAGUGCUUAAAUGUUAAUAAAGCGAACUGUUGAUGAA